AUGCGUUUCAGUUUGAACAACCUCUCGAGGGGAAUUCCAGCCACUGCCGGUCUACAUCUUCAAAACCUUAAGGAACUUAUCUUGCGAGAAAAUCAGAUCAAAGAGGAAAUUCCUCAGUACAUCACAAAUGCUUCCAUGCUUGAGAUAUUGUCACUCGAGGGGAACUUUCUCACAGGUGCUAUUCCUACUAAUUUAGGAAAUUUUCAUGAGCUGCGAGUACUUCUCCUACAUAGUAAUCAACUUACCAAUGAACCAAGAGAGCAUGAGUUGCGAUUCUUCAAUUCUUUGGCAGACAGUAGGAUGCUGCGAUAUGUAGAAAUGGGCAACAAUCCAUUGAAUGGCACAUAUAUAUUAGAUGCGCACAUCAAUGGCCUCAUUGCCCAAGGAAUAGGCAACAUGAGCGGUCUAAUAGAACUAAGCUUUGAAGGAAACAACUUGACGGGGAGUAUUCCUUCUGAAAUUGAGUUUCCCCUAAGCAUUUUGAAGAUGAGUGGUCUUCUCUAUCUAGACGUAUCACAAAAUUUUAUAGAGGGCGAAGUUCCAUCGGAUGUUGGAGAACUGAAUGUCAUUGUAGAACUAGAUCUUUCCGGUACUAUUCCUAGGUCAUUGGAAAACCUCUUGUACCUUAAAGCCUUCAACGUUUCAUUUAAUGAUUUAGAAGGUGAAAUACCCAGUGGUGGUGUGUUUGUAAAUUCCACUUUGCAAUCAUUUCUCGGGAACAAAGGUCUAUGGGGAAUGCACAUAUUGGAGGUUCCUGCUUGUGCUACAGUUAAUCCUAAACAACAAUCAAAGUUUAAGGAGGUUUUGCUAAAAAAUAUUACUCCAGUGUUUACUUCAUCCUUUCUGAUAUUCUUGUUAGUUUCAAUUUGGAUAAUGAAACGGCAAAAGAAAGGGAAGCCCAAAGAUGUGGAAAGGGUUCCGGAGAUCAACACUUAUCAAUUGAUUUCUUAUCAUGAGAUUCAACGAGCAACAGAUAAUUUUGUUGGACCAAAUUAA